GACCCUUGUUUAGAAAUCUUGGUUUUUAGCUUAGAUUAAUGAACUUUUCCCGCCCACUAUCCUUUCUUGCUACUUUACUCAUUGGUUCCAUCCAGCUAAAUGAGUAAAGGCAACUUGAUAUGCAACCAAUAUAUAUGGGAUUUGUUUCCACAUUAUGGAAGGAAAAGUGGGCCAUGUUUUCGUUUGUACCUCCAUUAGCUUUUGGAUAUGUUUCAAGUUGUGCUGUAUUAUAAAAAAUAGGUUUCUUGUUAUGAUUCAGAGAACCGAGUUUUUCUUCCACGCGGUGACAAAAUUUGUUUGGAAAGAGUCGACUAUUACCUGGUUUUUGUUUAUAAAUGCUUCUUUCAAUUCAUCUUCAUUCUUCCAUAUAUCAGUAUCUAGUAUUUGAUCUAUAGCAAUGGCAUCUAAAAGUAUAAGUUUGGCAAUAGUCAUAACUUGUGCUGUUCUAGUGACUGUUCUAUCGGAAGAAUCAAGCUUAGAAGUUCAGAUUCAGGCUUUGAAGGCUUUUAAGAGUUCCAUAAGAAAUGAUCCAUUUGGAGCACUUGCGGACUGGACUGACACCACUCACCACUGCAACUGGUCUGGUAUUGCUUGUGACCCUUUAUCAAAUCAUGUCAUUUCCAUUUCUCUGCUUGAGAAGCAGCUCAAAGGUGAAAUCACACCAUUCCUUGGAAACUUGUCAAGCCUCCAGGUUCUUGAUUUAACUUUGAAUUCCUUCACUGGCCACAUUCCAGCUCAGUUGGGACUUUGCUCCCAGCUCUCUCAGCUUGUUCUUUAUGUAAAUUCUCUUUCAGGUCCAAUUCCACCAGAACUCGGAAACCUUGAAAAUCUGCAGUUACUAGAUUUAGGGGGAAACUUUCUGAAUGGAAAUAUCCCUGAAAGUAUUUGCAACUGCACAUCAUUGAUAGGAAUUGGUGUCAUUUUUAACAAUCUCACCGGCCCAAUCCCAUCAAACAUAGGUAAUCUAGCUAACCUUCAAAUCUUGGUUCUGUAUGGGAACAGUUUGGUUGGUUCUAUCCCUGUGUCCAUUGGUAAGUUAGAAUCUUUGCAAGCUUUAGACCUAAGUCAAAACCAAUUGUCUGGAGUAAUACCUCAUCAGAUAGGGAACUUGUCAAAUUUAGAUUCUCUUCUGCUGUUUGAAAAUUCCCUUGUUGGAAAAAUUCCCUUCGAACUAGGUCGCUGCAAAAAGCUUGUUGGUCUUGAACUGUACAACAAUCAGCUCACUGGAAACAUUCCCAUUGAGCUUGGAAACUUGGUUCACCUUGAAAGUUUGCGGUUGUACAAGAAUAGGUUUAAUUCUACCAUUCCCACCUCCUUACUCCAAUUGAAAUCUUUAACCCAUUUAGGACUAUCAGAGAAUGAGUUAACUGGAACAGUACCCUCUGAGCUAGGAUCAUUGAGAUCAUUGCAAGUUUUGACCUUACAUUCAAAUAAGUUAACUGGGGAGAUUCCUUCCUCAUUGACAGACUUGAGAAAUCUAACUUACUUGUCUAUGAGCUUCAAUUUCCUCACAGGGAAGAUUCCAUCGAAUAUUGGAUUGCUUUACAAUUUGAAGAACCUGACCUUGGGCUCCAACCUUCUUGAGGGAUCCAUUCCGUCUAGUAUCAUCAACUGCACCCAUGUUCUAGUCAUAAAUUUAGCUUCUAACAAAAUAACAGGUAAAAUUCCUCAGGGUUUCGGGCAGUUGCGAAAUCUUACUCGCCUAAUGCUUUCUAUCAAUAAAAUGUCAGGGGAAAUCCCUGAUGACCUCUUCAAUUGCUCGCAUAUCCAAACUUUAGAUUUGUCACGGAACAAUUUUAGUGGUCCGCUAAAGCCUGGUAUUGGCAAGCUUUUUAAUCUCCAGGUAUUAAAAGCCCAUACAAAUUCAUUCACAGGGCCAAUCCCACGUGAGAUUGGCAAUUUAAGUCAACUUAUCAUCCUAUCACUUGGUGGAAAUAGUUUUUCAGGCCUAGUUCCAUCAGAAUUAUGUAAUCUUUCUAUCCUUCAAGGGUUGUACCUGAAUGACAAUGCACUAGAGGGUGCAAUACCUGAUAAAAUAUCUUAUCUGAGACAGCUCAGUGAGCUUGGGCUGAUGUUCAAUAGGUUCGAGGGUCCCAUUCCGGAUUCAGUUUCAAAACUUGAGCAGCUCACAUAUUUAAACCUCCAAGGCAACAUGCUUAAUGGUUCCAUUCCAAGAAGCCUAGGGCAUCUUAAUCGGCUGAUGACUUUGGAUCUCUCCCACAACCAUCUCACAGGAUCAAUACCUGCAUCUGUGAUCGCAAGUAUGAAAGGCAUUCAAAUUUAUCUAAACCUCUCACACAAUUUCUUGGCUGGAACUCUUCCAGAUGAGCUUGGUAUGUUGGAAAUGGCACAGGCUAUUGAAAUCUCAAACAAUAAUCUUUCGGGGAUCAUUCCAAAAACACUAAGUGGCUGCAGAAAUUUGUUCUCUCUUGAUCUGUCAGGGAACAAACUUUCUGGUCCAAUUCCAGCUGAAGCUUUUAGUCGAAUGUAUAUGCUUGCUAGCUUGAAACUUUCGAGGAAUAAUUUAGACGGUGGAAUCCCUGAAGAACUAGCAAGUCUAAAGCACCUCAAGUCCCUAGACCUUUCUCAGAAUCAGUUGAAGGGCAUUAUCCCUGUGAGCUUUUCUAAUCUUUCCUCCUUGAAACAUCUGAACCUUUCUUUCAAUAAACUUGAAGGCCAUGUUCCAGAUACUGGAAUCUUUCGACGCAUUAACACUUCCAAUUUGAUGGGAAACCCAGAUCUAUGCGGAACUGAAUUCCUCAAGUCCUGCAGACAGACUAGUUCACAUCAGCUAUCCAAGACGACUGUGUUAGUUCUUGUGGUACUUGGAUCUAUAUUUCUACUUUUGCUUCUAGUGUUUGGAAUUAUAAUCCUCAAAUGGCAUACCAAGUUAUGCAAAUCAAAAGGGGUUGAAAAUCCUGAAUCAGAUUACACCCCAACAUUGAUCCUCAAGAGGUUUGAAACAAGGGAAUUAGAAAAUGCUACCAGUUUCUUUAAUGAAAACAACAUUAUCGGAGCCAGCAGUUUGAGCACUGUGUACAAGGGUCGACUAGAAGAUGGGAGGAUCAUAGCUGUGAAAAAGCUGAAUUUGCAUCAGUUCUCUAAAGCGUCUGAUAAGUGCUUCAAUAGAGAGAUCAACACCCUGAAACAACUGCGACAUAGGAAUUUGGUGAAGGUUCUUGGCUAUGCUUGGGAGAGUGGAAAGCUAAAGGCCUUAGUUCUGGAAUACAUGGAGAAUGGGAACUUGGAUACCAUUAUACAUGACCCUAACGUGGAUCAUUCGAGGUGGACUUUGUCAGAGAGAAUCAGAGUUUUCAUUUCCGUUGCAGCUGGGUUGGACUACUUGCAUUCUGGUUAUGAUUUCCCCAUAGUUCACUGCGACAUGAAGCCUUCUAACAUUCUUCUGGAUGAAGAUUGGGAGGUCCAUGUGAGCGACUUUGGAACUGCUCGAAUCUUAGGUGUUCACCUUGAAGAUGGAAGCAGCCUUUCCUCGUCAUCAACAUUUGAGGGCACUAUUGGCUACUUGGCACCAGAGUUUGCGUAUAUGACAAAAGUCAGUACCAAAGUAGACAUAUUCAGCUUUGGUACAAUUGUCAUGGAGUUUCUAACAAAGCGAAGGCCAACGAGACUCACAGAAGAGGAUGGAUUGCCGAUUAGUUUGAGGCAACUCGUGGAGAAAGCUCUUGAAAAUGGAAUGAAUGAGGGUCUUCAUCACAUUCUAGACCCCACGCUCGUGCAGAAUAUCGCUAAGGAGCAUGAGGAAGUGCAGGAGGAGCUACUAAAACUAGCAUUGUUUUGCACUCACCCAAAUCCUGAGGAUCGUCCAGACAUAAAUGUGGUUUUAUCUAUCCUUUUGAAGCUUAGCAAGCGCAUAUAGCACCAAAACAAGUGUUAGUACUCUCUUGCUGAAGAUUAUAACAAUGAUUUGCAAUAAAACUCUGAUGUUGUUGCCUCUACGAUGACAAAAAGGGUAUGCAUGUAGAAUGAGUGCAAUAUCAUCAGCCCUGCAUGUAUAUUUAUAUUAGCAUUAUAGCUUGAUCUUCA